AUGUACAGACAAUCUCUUUCCAAGGCUGUUCGCCCAUCGCGCGCCGCCUUCUCUACCACCACUCGAGCUAUGGCCGGCGGCGACACGGGCGCUGCUCGUGCAGGUGGCGCUGCUGCUGGCGACGCCUUCACCAAGCGCGAGAAGGCCAACGAGGACUAUGCCAUCCGCCUGCGUGAGAAGGAGAAGCUGAUGGACCUCAAGAAGAAGCUGGCCGAGCAGUAUGAGCACCUGAAGAAGCUCGAGAAGCACAUUGACGAGAUAUCGAGCAGACGCGGCAGCAGCAGCGAGGAGCACUAG